AUGUUUAAGCCUAUUGUGAUAUUCGUUGCUUUAAAUUUUCUUUUAACGAUUUAUGUCAGUGAUGUGAAGAGCGAGAAACAGCCGGUGGUACGGACCCCGCUAGGCGAAGUAGCAGGGUACUACAUGCAAACUAGAGGAGGGAGGCAAAUAGCAGCAUUUACAGCUGUCCCCUUCGCGCUUCCUCCCGUCGGAGACUUAAGAUUUAAGGCCCCAGUUCCUAUAGAACCAUGGCAAGAAACGUUAGAUGCGACCAAAGUAAGCCCUGUGUGUGUUCAGAGGAACCCGUACAUUCGGCAGGAAGAAAUCGUUGGACAAGAAGAUUGUUUGUAUCUUAACAUCUAUACACCAAUAACGGAUAAUGAUGUGGGCGAGAAAAAGAAGUUGUUACCGGUCAUGGUAUUCUUACACGGAGGUGGUUGGAUGUGUGGUAGUGGCACCACUGAAAUGUACGGACCCCAGUUUCUUCUAGAUAGAGAUGUCGUAUUUGUUGCGACCAACUACAGAUUGGGUCCACUAGGCUUUCUCUCUACUCAAGACGAGUACUGUCCUGGCAAUAAUGGCCUCAAGGAUCAGCAGGAAGCUUUGAGGUUUUUGCAAAAGACCGUAGAGAGUUUUGGUGGUGACCCGAACUCUGUAACAAUAUUCGGAGAGAGCGCUGGAGGCGCCAGCGUCCACUACCACAUGAUAUCGGAGAGCAGCGCAGGACUAUUUCAUAAAGGAAUAUCAGAGUCAGGUACGGCUUUAGUGCCGUGGGCCGAAGCCCCGCCUGGCGAGGCCCUCCGGAACGCAUUCCUUUUAGCAAAGUAUCUGGACUGUCCUCAGGCACCUUCUGCUAAAAUGAUCGAAUGUCUCCGCACUAAGGACAGCUAUGACAUCAUCGGCACGGAAUUCAGUUUUUACAAAUGGGAUUAUGAACCAAUGACUCCAUUUAAAGCUGUGGUGGAACCAGACCUUCCCGGGGCAUUCUUGACGAGGAGUCCUCGUAAAGUUCCAAAUGUACCUGCAGUCCCUUGGAUGACUGGCCUUACCAAAGACGAAGGCUGUUUGAAAUCAGUUUGGAUUACGGCGUUUGAAAGCAGAUACCACGAGUUUAUGUCGGGCUUCGAGACAAUUGCUCCAGUCACAUUUUACUACGAAAACUCGCCGUAUGCUGAGGAAAUAACUCAGAAAAUACGUAAUAAAUAUUUUAAAGAAAAUGACUUACAGGCUACGCAACAAGGAAUUCUGAAUAUUUACUCAGAUUCGUAUUUCGCAUACCCAGCCAUAGAAGCUAUAGAGUUAGUAUUCAACUACACAAAGAAUCCUGUGUACCUUUACGAACUGACAUAUCGAGGUGCCAACAGCUUCUCACAAAUAUUCGGUGAUCCGAAAGGAGAUUAUGGUGUAUGCCACGCUGAUGAUCUUAUGCAUUUGUUCCCAAUCGGGUUUCUUUCAAACCCCUUUUCACCUGAAGAUCUAAAGAUGAGUGAAACCAUCGUGACUCUAUGGACCAAUUUUGCAACCACAGGGAAUCCUAACAAACCUGUACCCGUGCCAUUCAAGUGGGAAACAGCGACGUCUGGAAGUAAAAUGGAGUACCUCGAAUUAGGUUUUAAGCCUCACAUGAAGAAAGAUCUGGCCCCCCGAUCUCGCUUCUGGGGCGAGUUACCCCUGUGGCAAAAUAUGCGUAGUCGCAGAUAUAUGGAUGAAUUGUAA